CCCCGCUCACACUUGGGAUUGAAGCUCGGAGUCGCCGCCCGAACCCACGCCAGGGCCGGGACAGGCACCGCCAUUCCUGCAGCGGCUUCUACUCCGGCCGCUCCCGCCCCGCUCGGCCCACAGAGAGCAAUGGCGGCGCCGGAGCUGGGGAGCUUCGCUGAGGUUGGCGUGACCUUUGAGGACAUUGCCCUGUACUUCUCCAGGGAGGAAUGGAGCCUCCUUGAUGAGGGUCAGAGACAGCUGUACCUGAAUGUGAUGCUGGAGAACUUUGAACUUGUAUCCUCGCUGGGUUGCUGCUGUGGAGAAGAGAAUGUGGAGGCCCCGACUGAACAGAAGGUUUCUGUAAGAGUGUCACAGGCAAGGAAUCCCACGGUAGCCUUGUCGUCCCAGAAGAGCCAUCCCUGUGAGAGUUGUGAGCUGGUCUUGGAAAACGUUUUCCACGUGAUGGAGGGGCAGGGAACACAACACGAACAGAUACUGUUGAAGUGCGGGGCAUGUGCAAAAAGAUUUUAUUUCAGUGUAGAUUUUCACCAGCAGCAUAUGAGAGAGAAUACUUUGAUGAGAGGUGUGGAAAGGAACUCAUGUGCAAACAGCUGCAAUUUCAAUGUGUCUCAGAAUCAUUUCACAUGCGGGGAGAUUGGGCAGGAUGUCCUUACUGGGUCAGGACAUCUCCUCCUAAAGGCUACUCAGACCAGAGACAGUCCAACUGCAAUUUCGACUUGUGUGAUGUCGUUUCAAAGGAGAAACAAUUAUUACAGUAGAAAAGAAUGUAAGAAAGACAUUACUUGCACCCACAUGUUUAUUCAUGAAAAAUGUGUCCAUGUUGGAAGUCAGUGUUUUGUGUCCUCUGAGUUUGGAAAAUAUUUUACCAAAUUAUCUAGCUUUCAUUAUCAACAGAUAGGUCAUACUAGAGAAAAGUCUUAUCAAUGCAGUGAGUGCGGUAAAGCUUACACCAGUAGCAUUGAACUUUGUCGUCAUCAGAGAGUGCACACUGGAGAAAGGCCUUAUCACUGCAGUGAAUGUGGAGAAUAUUUUACCAGGAUCAGUGAUCUUCACUGUCAUCAGAGAGUUCAUACAGGAGAAAAGCCUUAUAAAUGCAGUGAAUGUGGGAAAUCUUUUAAACGAAGCAAAGGUCUCCAAUGUCAUCAGAGAGUUCACACUGGAGAAAAGCCUUAUAAAUGCAGUGACUGUAGAAAAUCUUUUACAAGUAGCAAUGCUCUCCAAUAUCAUCAGAGAGUUCACACUGGAGAAAAGCCUUAUCAAUGCAGUGAAUGUGGGAAAUCUUUCAAAAGUAGCAAUGGUCUCCAAUAUCACCAGAGAGUUCACACUGGAGAAAAGCCUUAUCAAUGCAGUGAAUGUGAGAAAUCUUUUACCACUAAGAGAAUACUUCUUCAUCAUCAUCGGAGAGUUCAUACCGGAGAACAGCCUUAUAAAUGCAGUGAAUGUGGGAAAUCUUUUACCCAUGGCACUGCCCUUCAUCAUCAUCAGACAAUUCAUACAGGAGAAAAGCCUUAUAAUUGCAGUGAAUGUGGAAAAUCUUUUACAUAUAGCAAUGGUCUUCUAUAUCAUCAGAGAGUUCACACUGGAGAAAAGCCUUAUCAGUGCAGUGAAUGUGGAAAAUCUUUUACCUCUAAGAGCAUCCUUCAUCAACAUCAGAGAGUUCACACGGGAGAAAAGCCUUAUCAAUGCAGUGAAUGUGGGAAAUCUUUUACCCAGAGUACUAACCUUCGUUGUCAUCAAAGACGUCAUACAGGAGAGAAGCCUUAUAAAUGCAGUGAAUGUGGGAAAUCUUUUACAUAUAGCAGGAGCAGUGGUCUUCGAUAUCAUCAGAGAGUUCACACUGGAGAAAAGCCUUAUAAAUGCUAUGAAUGUGGAAAAUCUUUUACAGGGAGCAAUACUCUCCAAUAUCAUCAAAGAGUUCACACUGGAGAAAAGCCUUAUAAAUGCAGUGAAUGUGGAAAAUCUUUUGCAGGGAGCAGUGAUCUCCAAUAUCAUCAGAGAGUACACACUGGAGAAAAGCCUUAUAAAUGCAGUGAAUGUGGAAAAUCUUUUACACAGAGCAAAGGUCUCCUAUAUCAUCAGAGAGUACACACUGGAGAAAAGCCUUAUAAAUGCAGUGAAUGUGGAAAAUCUUUUAAACAGAGCAAAGGUCUCCUAUAUCAUCAGAGAAUUCACACUGGAGAAAAGCCUUAUAAAUGCAGUGAAUGUGGAAAAUCUUUUGCAGGGAUCAAUGGUCUCCAAUAUCAUCAAAGCGUUCACAGUGGAGAAAAGCCUUAUAAAUGCAGUGAAUGUGGGAAAUGUUUUACCCAUUCAGCUGCCCUUCGUUAUCAUCAGAGAGUUCAUAUGGGAGAAAAGCCAUAUAAAUGUAGUGAAUGUGGAAAAUCUUUUACACAGAACAAAGGUCUCCUAUACCAUCAGAGAGUUCACACUGGAGAAAAGCCUUAUAAGUGCAGUGAAUGUGGAAAAUCUUUUACUGGGAGCAACUCUCUCCAAUAUCAUCAGAGAGUUCACACUGGAGAAAAGCCUUAUAAAUGCAGUGAAUGUGGAAAAUCUUUUACAGGGAGCAAUGCUCUGCAAUAUCAUCAGAAAGUUCACACUGGAGAAAAACCGUAUCAAUGCAGUGAAUGUGGGAAAUCUUUUACCCAUUCAACUGCCCUUCGUUAUCAUCAGAGACUUCAUACGGGAGAAAAGCCUUAUACUUGCAGUGAAUGUGGGAAAUCUUUUAGAAGUAGCAAUGGUCUCCAAUAUCAUCAGAGAGUUCACACUGGGGAAAAGCCUUAUUAAUGCAGUGAAUGUGGGAAGUCUUUCAUCUAGAGCAGUGAUCUUUGUUAUCAUCACAGACUUCAUACAGGAGAAAAGCCUUAUCAAUGCUAUGAAUGGGGGAAAUCUUUUACUGCUAACAUCCUUCAUCAACAUCAGAGCGUUCAUACAGGAGAAAAGCCAUAUAAAUGUAGUGAAAUUGGAAAAUCUUAUACAAGUAGCCGUGAUCUCCAAUAUCAUCAGAGUUCACACUGGAGAAAGCCAU